UAGCCUCUCUAGUGUAUAUAAUACACCUCAUUGGUUUUAUUAGUACCGCACCUCCUACAGAUGGGAGUCUGGAGGAGGUGCUAAUCUCCAACUGUCUUUUUUUACUUCCUGCUCCUCCUUCCUUUGAACCAGUUAGCUUCAGCGUUAGCCUGGGAGUCAGCGCUCUGCAUGAAGUUGACUGAUGUUAGCUCGGGGUCCACGGUGACACCUGAGCCCCAGGAGGAGAGGGGAUGUCCCGUCACAUGUCCCCCGAAGACGAGGGGAUAAGACAGCCUCUUCUCACCGGAGAUCACCUGGAUCCAAGCGGACUGGACUCUGAAGGUGAAAUCAUUUUUGAUAGGACACCAUUGAAUAACGACAAUGAAACAGCAACAAAGAAAUUGUCUUAUGAAGAAGCAGUGGAACAAACAGGAAUGAUGCUGGGGGGCUACAUAUGGGGAUACCUCGCCGACCAGAGGGGGCGCCGCAGAGUCCUGGUUGUUUCAUUAACAGUAAAUGGGCUGUUUGGAGGUCUGUCCAGCUUGGCUUUGUGGUUCUGGCUAUUCCUGCUGCUGCGAUUCAUUAGUGGAGUUGGGGUAGGAGGGUCCAUUCCUGUCAUCUUCUCCUACUUCUCAGAGUUCAUGCCCCGUGUGAGGAGAGGAGCCAUGAUCAGUGGUCUAGCCACGUUCUGGAUGGCGGGAAACAUCUUGGCUGCAGGUCUAGCCUGGAUUGUGAUUCCCAGAACUCACAUCUCUCUGGGAUUCCUGGACUUCCAGAGCUGGAGGCUGUUUGUGGCAUUGUGCUCCGUUCCAAGCAUCACUUCAGCACUCGUCUUCAAAUUUUUCAUGCCAGAGAGCCCCAAGUUUCUCAUGGAGGUGGGUCAGGAAAAAGAGGCUGUCCGUGUUUUUAAACUGAUGUUUGACCUGAACAUGAAGGGAAAGAAAAAAAAGAGUCCGGAGUUCAGAUUGAAAAUAAGCUCCAAUCAGGGAGGGGACCUGGAGGAAAUCGGAGUUGCAGGUUCAGGAAGGGAACGCCUUCUGAGGACUUUAAAAAAGGGUCUGAUGCCCAUUAAGCAGAUCUUCACAGUUCCAUUCAAAGCCAGAAGUGUUGCUCUUCUCAUCAUCUUCUACUGCAUCUCCUUUGGCCGGUAGCCUGUUGGUGUCCAGCCUGAGCAUCUUCCUCAUCUAUGUGGUUCAGACCAAAGCACAGAGUCUGGUUCUCUCGUGUGUCUUCAGCGGAGUUUCUGUGAUCGCCUGGAAUGCCCUGGAUGUGGUGGGAACUGAGCUGUACCCGACCCAGUUUCGGUCCUCAGCUCUGGGUGUCUUCACUGGAGUGGGCCGAGUGGCAGCAGUAAUGGGAAAUGUAGUCUUUGGGAGGUUGGUGGACUCUAACUGCACUGUUCCCAUCCUGCUGGUGUCAGCCCUGCUGCUCAUAGGAGGCCUGGUGGCUCUGCUGCUCCCUCAGACCAGACAGACAGAGCUGACGUGAUUGCCCACAUUUCUCUCAGAGGCAGAAGUGAUCAGCAGAUGUCCUAAACCAGGGGUCUGCAACCUGUGGCUCUGGGGCCACAUGUGGCUCUUGGUCCCUCUGCAGUGGCUCUUUGAAAAUGUGACCAAACAUAACAGCAUUUUUUUUGUUGUUUUUAUACCCACAACAGAAAUCAAUUU